AUUUUGUUAUUCUAUAAAGCCCCCCUAAAAGUAACAUUUAAAUGUGUGGUGGUUUUUUCUAGACCUUUUGUAAAAAUAUAUAAGCUUAAAUUACAAGUUAUUAUUUCUAAUAUCAAAUUGUGAAAAGUGUAUACGGUACCAACAGUCACUUAUUGCAAAGAUAAAUUAAGAUGAGUGAUUCAGAAGAGGCAGUAGUCAUGAAAAAAAAGAAGCAGCGUCAACCUCGAAACCCUAUUGCUGGCGUGAAAGAUGAUCUUGAUUCUUUGAUUCAGAAAUUCUCUGAAUCUGGUACAGUGCGUUAUGAAAAUUUCUCAAGUGCAUGGAAGCAAAAGAAAUUGUCAAUGAUACAAAGUGGACGACAAGAUCAACAAGAAGCAAGAGAGUUUUUGGAAGAUGUUUUUCGAUUAGCUGUGGUUUACUAUUUGCCACCUAAUAAUUUUCAAGUACGAACUGGUGGCUUGUAUUUAAUGUUUGGAUUAUUCAAUACACAGUUCUGUAUUCCACCAGUUAAGUUUCGUAUGACACUGCAGAUGUGGAAAGAUGCUUUGGAUUAUCAAAAAGAGGCACAUAGUCAGCAACAUUAUGAUAUAGACUUUGUUUUCCAUUCAUUGAAAGCUCUAAGUGCUUUUCAGUUUGUUGCUUCAGAAACUGAGAUGUACUUAAAGGGAAGUAAUCGCCGUAAUAUUAUGCAAGACGUACCCAACCAUGUAUCAGAUGAGGUUUCAAAGAUAGAUGCUAUAUUCACUAAAGAUCAUGUGCGGCAAUUAUCUGCAGUAGAUUAUCAAUAUCAACAACUAAAAAUUGCGCUUGCUGGACCGAAUGCUAAAAAACCUGAUAUAGCAUUGGCUGUUAUACAAGAUAGUCUGAUUGAUUCAUUAAACUCGACCAUACAACAACAUCAAGAUAGAAUUAAUAAAAUGAGAAAGAGAGAUAUGGGAGAAGAAGGUAGAAGACAAGAACAAUUGGAAAAUUCAGAUGAUGAAGAAGAAGAAGAGGUAGGUUGA